AUGGUCAGGAAUUUAAAACUUCUUCUUUGGAAGAAUUUCAUCCUGAAGAAGCGGAAGACUCUGAUAACAGUGCUUGAAAUCCUAAUGCCGCUACUCUUCUCCAUGAUCGUCAUGUGCCUGCGUUUAAACAGUUUGCCCAAGAAAAUACCUCCUGUCAACUACCUGGCCAUCAAUAUCGGUUUACUGCCAGACUUCCUCUAUUUUCCUACUCACACCAGAUACCAACUAGUGUAUGUCUCUUCCAAAAGUGAAACGUUGAAGGCUAUCACUGAAGCGGUGGGGAAAUCCUUUGACGUUGAGUUUGAAGUCCUAGGCCAUUCUUCAGUGCCUUUGUUUGAAAAUUACAUACUCCAGGAUCCCAAAGCCUUCUUCGUGUUGGCUGGAAUUGUCUUCGAUCACACCUUCAAUGACAGCAAGCAACCCCUGCCGCUGAAGGUUAAGUACCGCCUGCGCUUCAGCUACACGCAGAGGAACUCCUUAAUCGCGCAGCUGACCUCCAAACAAGAUUAUGUGGACAGCUGGGGCACAUCCUUCCUCUACCCUCCCAACCCAAGCCAAGAGCCCCGGGCCUUAGGGCAUUCGGACGGCGGACUCCCUGGAUACAGCAACGAAGGCUUCCUGGCCAUCCAGCAUGCGCUGGACAAGGCCAUCAUGCACUACCACGCCCACAACGGGACGACCAAGAUGUUUGAGGGCCUGAGUGUGCUUGUGAAGAGGUUCCCCCACGGAGCCCACAUCCAGGACAGGCUCCUGGUGACCCUUCAGAACGAGUUCCCUCUUCUGCUCAUGCUCAGCUUCAUCUGCAUCGAGCUCAUCAUCAUCAAUUCCAUUGCCCUGGAGAAGGAGAAAAAACUGAAGGAGUACAUGUGCAUGAUGGGAGUGGACAACUGGCAACACUGGGCUGCCUGGUUCAUCGUGUCCUUCGUCUCGGCCCUCCUCGCCGUUUCUUUCAUGACCGUCCUCUUCUGCACACAGGUGAACAGUGUGGCGGUGUUCAGGAACAGUGACCCUAGCUUGAUAUUUGUUUUCCUACUGUCUUUUGCCACGGCCACUGUUUUCUUUGCAUUCAUGAUCAGCACAUUCUUCCAAAAAGCCCACGUAGCCACUGCCUCGGGAGGAAUCAUCUUCUUCCUCACCUACCUCCCAUACCUGUACCUCACUUUCAGCUACUCCCAGAGGACCCACUUCCAAAAGAUUGGCUUUUGCCUGCUCUCGAAUGUCGCCAUGGCACUGGGAGUGCGAUUUAUCUCCGUAUUUGAGAUAAGAGGCACAGGCCUGCAGUGGAAGAACGUGGGCGGCUUCAGCGGGGAGUUUAACUUCUGCCAGGUGCUGCUGAUGCUUCUGCUGGACUCCGUCUUGUACGGCGCGGUGGCCGGGUACGUGGAGGCCGUCCUCCCGGGCGAGCAUGGCGUGCCCAAGCCCUGGUACUUCUUCGUCAUGCCAUCCCACUGGCGUGGACAGCCCGUGCCCCUCACGCAGUCGGUGCUCCAGGUGGCGGAUCCGGACAACUCUCCAAAGAGCAAGUUGAUUCAGGAAGAGCCUACCAAUUUGAAGAAAGGGAUUGAAAUCCAGCAUCUCUACAAGGUCUAUCACACAGGAAAGAAUAAACAUGUAGCAGUCAAAGACCUGACCCUGAAUCUGUACCAGGGGCAGAUCACUGCUCUCCUGGGACACAACGGAGCCGGCAAAACCACCACGUGCUACGUGCUCACAGGUCUUAUUCCCCCUUCAAGUGGGUGUGUGUAUAUCAAUGGAUAUGAAAUUUCACGCAAUAUGGCGGAGAUCCAGAAGAGCGUGGGCUGGUGCCCCCAACACGACAUCCUGUUUGAUGACCUCACCGUAGCAGAGCAUCUCUCUUUCUAUGCUCAGCUGAAGGGCCUGUCCCGCCUCAAAUGCCCCGAAGAGGUCCAGCGGAUGCUGCACGCCCUCAGCCUGGAGGACAAGCGGGACUCCCUGAGCAGGUGCCUGACCAUCUGGGACCUGCUGCAGCAGCACAAGAGCCAGCGCACCGUGCUGCUCACCACGCACUUCAUGGAUGAGGCCGACCUGCUGGGGGACCGCGUGGCCAUCAUGGCCAAGGGGGAGCUUCAGUGCUGCGGGUCCUCGCUGUUCCUCAAGCAGAAGUACGGUGCAGGAUAUUACAUGACUUUAGUGAAGAAACCUCACUGUAGCACAGAGAAGAUUGCCCAUCUGAUUUAUCACCACAUACCCAAUGCGGUUAUGCAGUCCAGCAUUGGAGAAGAAUUAACAUUUAUUCUUCCUAAAAAGAGCAUGCCCAGGUUUGCAUCUCUAUUUACCGAGUUGGAACAGAGGCAGGUGGAGCUGGGGAUCGCCAGCUUCGGGGCCUCGGUCACCACCAUGGAGGAGGUCUUCAUUCGGGUGAACAAGCUGACAGAUCCCAGCACAGAAAUCCAAACCCUCAAGAUUCCCUCCAUUCAGUCUCACCACCUGAUCGGCGGGGUUCCUGUCAACAGAAUCAAACGUAUUCACUCAAGGAUCUUCUCCAUACCGUCCGGCCUGCCAAUCCAUCACAACACUGGGUUCAGCCUCAUCUGCCAACAGUUCUAUGCCAUGCUCCUGAAAAGGGUCCUGUACUCUUGGCGCAACUGGUUGUUGAUGCUCACGGUACAGGUCCUGGUGCCCCUGCUGAUCACCACCUUCAGCCUCGCCAUCUUCAACUUGGAAACGAACACGGGCAGCGUGCCGCUGGAACUGACCCUGAGAACGUAUGGCCGAACCGUCGUCCCGUUCUAUAUUUCUCCCAAUUCCAGGCUGGGUCCUCGGCUUUCACAGUAUUUUACAGACAUGCUUCUGGCGGAGGAACAGAUCCCUCUGGAGACCCGGAGCUCGGUGGAGGACCUCCUCCUGGACAAGGCAGAGGAGGAGCCCGAGGGCUUUGAUUUCAAAUACGUCGUGGCUGCUUCCUUUGAAGACCAGGGGAACCACAUGACGGUGACGGCGCUGUUCAACAACCAGGCGUACCACUCCCCUGCCGUGGCGCUGGCGCUCGUGGACAACUUCCUCUUCAAGCUGCUCUCCGGGGCCACGGCUUCCAUCACGGCGUCCAACCACCCUCAACCUAAGUCGGCCCUGGAGGCCUCGGAGGACAUCUUGUACAACAGCCCUAAAGGACACUACCUUGUUAUCAACUUGCUUUUCGGAAUAGCUUUCCUGUCCAGCUCCUUUGCCAUCUUGACGGUCAAAGAGAGAUCCACAAAGGCCAAGCACAUCCAGUUCAUCAGUGGUGUUUAUGUGGCCACCUUCUGGCUCUCCGCUCUGCUGUGGGACCUCAUCACUUCCCUGGUCCCCAGUCUGCUGCUGCUGGUGAGGGCCGCGUGGUUCAGGGACCCUCCCCCGCACGUCCCGGCGGGAGCGGGGCAGGAGGCUUGCCUUCGGGACCCUGCAAAGAAGUCGGCCAGCACACAUUGGUUGAGACGCCUCGUAUCCAAGUUCAACUCAUCAUGCACCCCAGUGGCCGCCCCCCACCCCCGGCAAGAAUUUCACGGAUUGAUACCCAAAAGCGGUAAGGCUCUAAACACAAGUCCUGAGAGUAUAGUUUCUUUCCUCUCGUAUAAUUGGCUCAGCCUCUCGCCAGAGUUACUAUUUUCUGUCACCCUCACAGACCAAGGCCGCACCAGGGUCUCGGAGUCGUUGGAUCAUGCCUUCCUAAUGCUCCCCGGCCACUGCCUGGGAAUGGCUCUCUUCAACUUAUACUACAACUACGGACUCCAGAAGUUAUGCGAAACCAGGAACCUGAGCCAGUCUGAGUGUAAUAAAUUUUUAGAGGGAUACACGGUCCAGGAGAGCGUCUACGCCUGGGAGUCCCUCGGGAUGGGGAAGUACUUGGCAGCCCUUGCCAUCUUGGGGUCUGUGUACCUCAUCCUGCUUUUCCUCAUUGAAACCAAUGUCUUGUGGGAAUUGAAAGCCAGGUUUUCUGACCUCAACGGGAAACAAGAAUCGGUAAUGUUGCAGAAGGUAACAUCCAUGCCCAGAGACCAAGAUGUGCAAGAGGAGGCAAAAAUGGUCCAGACUUCUUUGAAAAAGCUGCGUGAGGAAAACCCACUUGUUCUUAAAGACGUGUCAAAGGUCUACGGCAGGAAGGUGCCCCUGCUGGCCGUGAACAAGGUGUCCUUCGCUGUCCAGGCAGAGGAGUGCUUUGGCCUUCUUGGUGUCAACGGAGCUGGGAAAACGUCCAUCUUCAAAAUGCUGACCGGGGAAGAGCCCAUCACCUCUGGGGACGCCUUCAUCAGGGGCCUCAGCAUCAGCUCUCACCUCAGGAAGGUGCGGCAGUGGGUGGGCUACUGCCCCCAGUUUGACACCCUGCUCAACCACAUGACGGGCUGGGAGACGCUGGUCAUGUACGCCCGGAUCCGGGGCAUCCCCGAGCGCCACAUCGGCACCUGCGUGGAACAAAUUCUUGAGGAGUUACUCAUGUACGCCUACACUGACAAACUGGUGAAGACCUACAGUGGUGGCAACAAACGAAAGUUGAGCACUGGCGUCGCCCUAAUUGGAGAGCCUUCAGUCAUCUUGCUGGACGAGCCAUCCACUGGCAUGGACCCCGUGGCCCGGCGCCUGCUCUGGGGCACAGUGGCACAAGCCCGCAAGUCUGGCAAGGCCAUUGUUCUCACCACCCACAGCAUGGAAGAAUGUGAGGCCUUGUGCACCCGGCUGGCCAUCAUGGUGCAGGGCCAGUUCAAGUGCCUGGGCAGCCCACAGCACCUCAAGAGCAAGUUUGGCAGCGGCUACUCCCUGCGGGCCAAGGUCCGGAGCGAAGGGCGGCAGGAGGCCCUGGAGGAGUUCAAGGCGUUUGUGAACCUGACCUUCCCAGGCAGCGUCCUGGAGGACGAGCACCAAGGGAUGGUCCAUUACCACCUGCCCGGGGAGGACCUCAGCUGGGCCAAGGUGUUUGACAUUCUGGAGCAAGCCAAGAGGAAAUUCAUGCUGGACGACUAUUCUGUCAACCAAGUCUCCCUGGAGGAUAUUUUCCUGAGCUUCACCUGCCCUAUGCCCCCUACCCAAGAGGGAAAGAAACCAGAGCUCAGUGGCCUGGGGGUGACCACGGUUGUCAUGACACUGCACCUUCUGCAGCCCAUGAAGUGUUACUCGGAUGAGUAA